AUGUCCACCUCUAUAGCUCAGGCCUUCAAGAAGUUGAACGUGUCACUGGUAUCCGAAGACCAUGUGAACAUAUUUGAGGUGUCAUAUCAGUACUUAUCUAACGUCAAGAAAUUCAACGAUGUUAAGUCUUUCAACAACUGUUUAGUUGCAUUGAUCAACUUGGAUAAGUACGAUAAAGCAUUGGAAUUAAUCAAAAAAGUAAAGAGUGAAGAGCUCAUUCAACAGUUUUCCAUAGAAGUGGGAUACAUCUACUAUAAAACCAAACAGUCCCAGUUACUACAAGAAUUGUAUCAACGCAUCUUAUCGAGAGAUAGCACUUCCAAGUUUAUGAUUAGAGGGUUGAAACAUAUUGUAGCACAAGACUACUAUCAAAAAGGAGAAGAUAAGCAAGCUUUAGAGUUAUACCAAGACUUGAUCAAAGAAAACGAUGAAAUUGAUAACUCGUUAGACUUGUACACUAAUGAGUUGGCUAUAAUAAGUCAGUUGAACUUCUCAAGCCAUGAGUUGAAAGAGCCUCUUUCCUCCACAGAUGAACAGAACCAUGAUUUGGUGUUCAACCAGGCAUUAAUUUCAUUGAGUGAGAACAAAGCAACUUUAGCAUUAUCCCAACUAGACAAAGCUUUGGAGUUGUUAGGUUAUUUGAAGUUAGAUGAUGAAAGUUAUCAAAUUGAAAAAUGCCCAAUAGUGUUGUUCAAGGCAUACAUUUAUCAAACUGAAGGUCAAAAAGAAGAAGCAUUGAAGUUAUUGGAAGACUUAAAGUUGAAUAAAUUCAAUGAUAUAAUGAUCAACUUAAUUAUAAAUAACAAUUACUAUGCCAUCAACGAGGUAUUGGUUGACCAAACUGGUUCAGAUAGAAACGUUAACUUGGCACAAAGGGUAUUGAACUACCAACAAAACUUGGCAAUAACAGCUAGAAAAUUAAACCAUGGACAAUACACCACCUUGAUCCAAAAUAAUAUCUUAUUGAAGUACUUGACCAACUCGUUAACGGUGAAGUCUAACCAAUUAUCCAGUUUCAACUUAAGUAAGUUGGUCAGCAAAGGCAACUUCAGCUUGUUGUCUUUCAAGGUGUUGAUUAAGUUGGGUAUAACAAAUGAGGACUUGAUUUCUAGCCCACGCGUAGUAAGCAAAAAGCUCUUUAAAGCUAUUAACAAAAGCGAAAUCACAGAAGCAAACUUCAAUGAGUUGGUUGCCUGUGCAUUGAUUUUACUUUCAAUUGACUCAGUUUCUGGAAACUACAAUCGUUCUGUUAUCAGUUUGGAGAAGUUAACUGAGUUUAAUUUCAAGCAACUAUCGAAAUUAUUACCCGGCUUAAUUGGGUCUUUGGUGAACUUAUAUGAGACGGUUGAUGCAACUGAAAAAUUGAACAAAUUGUACAACACAUUGAUACAAACACUCGACAAUGCCUCGAGUUUAUCACACGUCGAUUUCAACUUUUUCAAAGUAAUUGGAUUCAAGUUGUUGAUUGUUAACGAUGAAAGAUACAAUACAGUGUUCACCAAACUCAACCAAGCCAACUCUGAAGACGUCUUGAUUAAAAACGUUUUACACAACUCUAGUGAACACUUAUUGCCUGUGGAAACACUAGUGUCUUCGGUGGAUGAUGAUAUCGUGAACACCGAUAUAGACUCUUUGAUUCCUGUGUCACAAGUUUCAAAGCUGUCUAGCAGCAGCAGUAAAGUCGAGAAAAAGAGAACCAAAAAAGCUAGAUUUGGUCCUAGUAAAGUGUUGAAACCGGCAGACCAAAUCAACUUGGAUCAAGAAAGAUGGUUGCCUUUGAAGUUGAGAUCUAACUAUAAACCUAAGAAGUCUAAAAAGAAGGUGUCAACUCAUCAAGGAGCAAUUGAAUCAGCAGGUGCCUCGCAAGUAUCUACCCCAUCAUCAACUCCUGCUCCAACCAUGUCCAACGAGUCUUCUGCCGGUUCCUCGAAGAAGGCCAACAAGAAGAAGAAGAAGGGUAAAAAGUAA